GGACAGUUCCGGUGUCACGGGUUUCUCGGUCCGAUCUCUUCCUUUUUUCUGCUCGGCGGUCCCACGUGUGGUGUGUAUCUAGGUUCGGACCGAACCUAUCUGGGAGCUUUGGUACCAGCACAGCCCAUCACCAGGAAGCGAGAUAUGGCCUCGACGUUCGAACAAAUGCGAGCCAACGUAGGAAAACUGCUACGCGGCAUCGACAGGUAUAACCCAGAGAAUCUGUCCACACUGGAGCGCUAUGUGGAGACACAGGCCCGGGAGAAUGCCUACGACCUGGAAGCCAACCUGGCUGUACUAAAAUUGUGAGUUGUGCUGCUACUCUAUAACAAUUAAACUGCACUUUCUUGUUGUUUGACACUCACACACUGCAUUACCUCAUUGUUUGCGUUCACCCCCUGACACGCUGCAGUGUCUCAGAGUGAGCCCGUUCACCCCCGACACGCUUGUUUGUUUCUGCUUACACAGUAUGAUGUCUCACCAGUCUUUGUCCGUCAACAGGCCAGCCUAGAGGAGAACAGGGAGCUUAUUGAUGGGAUCACUGGCUUCGAGGACUCAGUCCGCAAGUUCAUCUGCCAUGUGGUGGGCAUCACCUACCAGAACAUUGACAAGCGGCUGCUGGCAGAGAUGCUGGGUGACCCUCUGGACACGCAGGUCAAGGCCUGGAUGAGCAAGUAUGGCUGGACAGAGAACGAGAGCGGUCAGGUCUUCAUCUACAAUCAGGAAGAGAGCAUCAAGCCCAAGAACAUCGUGGAGAAGAUCGACUUCGAGAGUGUGUCCAGUAUCAUGGCUACAUCUCAAUGAUGGGUCCCAAAUUCAUCAUCCCUUUCUCUCACACACACACACAGGACACCCUGCAGACUUCUGGAUUUCACCCAGCGGCUUUCUGUGCUGGUACCCUUCUCAAUAAAUAUAACUUAUCUACAAAAAA